UAUUUCCAUCAUUGUGCUGUUGAACUGAAAUUUUGGGAAUCGAAUUGUGGCGGGAAUGGAAGGAAGUGAGAGCGAGGCCGUUUUUGAAUCGGUGAUGAAUCUGAAUCCACAACUCUUCUUCAACGAAGUUCUCAACACCGUUGACGAUUUCUUCAUCGAUACUUUCGAUUUCUACUUCCAGGAAGCAUCCACCAAGCUCAAUGCUGAAGCUACUCAAAGAUCCCAACAUCUCACACAGGGUGUUGAUUGCAUUCGACAAAAGGUUCAAUCUGUUUUGGAUCAAAAGCUCACUGUUUGGGAAAAAUACUGUCUUUAUCACUGUUUUUCUCUUCCCCAAGGCUUUCAAUUACCAAACACUCUCAAUGGUGAAAGAAGUGCGAAUGACAUUAAUCCUGGUUCUACUUCCGAUCUAGAACUAGAUGCUCAGUUAGAAUCAUUGAGGAAAAAACUAGCUGAGGUGGGGAAAGAGUCUGAAAUGCUGAAUCAAGAAAUUCAUGCAUUAGAGAGUCAGUCUUCUCACAAUGCUCGGUAUAUCAACGAGGCAGUACAAUUAUUUGAGCAAAACUCUUACACUGAGUUGUUUCAGGAGAUUAUGACAACCGCCUCAGAACUUCAACUCAAGAUAGGAAAGCUAACCACCAACAAGAUUGAAGGGACCGGAAAAAUGAAAGCAAAAAGGAUUGACAACAAUAAAAUGGACAUUUCUGCUAUAUAUGCUUCUAAAGGCCUCUCUAAUACAAAAUUUGAAGAUCUUCAAGAAUUUGUAACUCUUAUGAAGAGUACUUGAGCUUGUAUAUAUUUUUCAUCAUACUGGACUUACGCUUGUUGUACCUGUGUUUAUUCGUAGUCUAUUAGUUAGAAUUUCCUUCUCAUGCUGAAAUUAGUGGAUUUAAAUUAUUCUGUCUUCUCAAUUUAAUUGGGUGAAGGCAGAAGCUAGAGGUUUGUAAGUGACAGGUACCAAAGUAAAAUACAUUACAGGUCGCAGGGAGAUACUUCUGCUUUUUAUUUAUUAACUUUAAUUUCAUUGUUAGCUGAGUUUAUUAGGUUGUGAUAAAGCUCUGGAUUGUAAAUCUUUGAUGAGAUUUCUGCCCAAAAGGUGAAUAUGUAAAGGGAAAGUAAAAAAAAAAAACAUUAUCACAUGUUAA